AUGUUGGAAAACCUCAUGAGUGUUCAUGUGGAAAGAAUUGUCUUUGAUGAAGCCCAUACAGUCUGCAGUUGGGGGAAUAUGUUUCGUUCUCAGUACAGAAGUGCCGCAAAUGAGUUGGCAAAAUUUCCUUGCCCAAAGUUGCUGCUAAGUGCAACCAUACCCCACCAACUAGUAUUAGAACUGUCAGAAGUGUUUGGUACAUUGGAAGUUAUCAAAGGAACUGUAUUACGUGAUAAUAUGUUCCUACAUGUUCAGGAAAAGCCAAGUGGAAAUAAAUUUUAUGAUGAAUUGGCUCAGUAUAUAUUAAAUAGGAAAGAUGAAUGCAGAAUUGUCUACAGUGUCUUUCCAUCUGAUGUACUUAAAAUACAUUCAGAAUUAUUAAAAAGAAAUGAAAUGUGUGUACAAUACCAUGGUCAGUUGUCUCAACCUGUUAAAGAAGCCAGUUUUCAAAAGUGGACAUCAGGUGAAGUGAAAGUUAUGGUUGCAAAUACAUCAUUUGGCAUGGGGGUUGACAACAGAAAUGUGAGAUUCAUUAUUCAUGAGAAAAUGCCUACCAAUCUAGAUGAAUAUUUUCAACAAUGUGGAAGAGCAGGUGUGAUGACCAACUAA